GCGUCGACGUCAGCGUGUUGACGUCACGGGCCGGGUACCCGAGGAGGUCCGCGGGCGGCGAGCCGCGGGCGGUGGGCUGCGCGUCGCCUGCGGGCUUGGUCGCGGGCCCCGCCCCGCCGCGCCCCGCCCCGCCGCCCGCUCGGGCUUCCGCGGGCUCCGCCGCGGGACCGCUGUCCGCGGGCCAGCCUGGGGCUGCCGGCCCGGAACCGCCCGACGAGGGAUGGUGAAGUUGCAGGAGGGCUCCGUUAACCCGCCUCCGGGAUGAACCCCCCUCAGGAAGACAUGGAGAGCGCCCUGACAGCGAGCCAGAGCUCCCACGCGUCUCUGCGCGACCUUCACUCCAUCAGCCCCGCACACCUCAUGGCCAGGAUCGAGCCCUGUGAAGGGAGGGAGAAGAAAGGCAUUUCCGAUGUCCGGAGGACUUUCUGUUUGUUUGUCACCUUUGACCUCUUAUUUGUAACAUUACUGUGGAUAAUAGAGUUAAAUGUGAAUGGAGGCAUUGAGAACACCUUAGAGAAGGAGGUGGUGCACUAUGACUACUACUCCUCUUAUUUUGAUAUAUUUCUCUUGGCAGUUUUUCGAUUUAAAGUGUUAAUCCUUGCAUAUGCCGUAUGCAGACUCCGCCACUGGUGGGCCAUAGCGUUGACGACAGCAGUGACCAGUGCCUUUUUACUCGCAAAGGUGAUCCUCUCAAAGCUUUUCUCUCAAGGGGCUUUCGGCUACGUGCUGCCCAUCAUUUCGUUCCUCCUUGCCUGGAUUGAGACGUGGUUCCUGGAUUUCAAAGUGUUACCUCAAGAGGCAGAAGAGGAAAACAGACUCCUGAUAGUUCAGGAUGCUUCAGAGAGGGCGGCGCUCAUACCUGGAGGUCUUUCUGAUGGUCAGUUUUAUUCUCCUCCGGAAUCUGAAGCAGGAUCUGAGGAAGAAGCUGAUGAAAAGCAGGACACUGAAAAACCACUUUUGGAACUAUGAAUGAGUACUACUUUUGUUACAUGUAAAAACUCCGUCACUGAAAGUCACUGGAGGAAGAAGAGGACCAGAGCUGGGGUCUUCCUGUUGCGGGUUGAAACGCUGUCCCCCCACUGCUGCCUCCGGCGAAUGGCUAAUAAAGAUCUUAUUUAUUGUAAUACCUCAUAGACGUUGUACCAGACCCACGUACAUGUAGGAGCCUGCCUGUGGCUGGUGACAUUAAUGUGAUGAUCCGUGCUGUGGUCAGUGAGACUGAGUCUCAUCUGUUCAUGAGUAGUUGGAGCCGAGUCUUGUGCUAGAUUCCUGAUCAAAAGACUUCUUAAUAUAUUGGAAUGACACUUUUUUAGGAAGCAAAAGUAUCUUUUUGUUUGAUUCAAAGGUUGGAAUUUUGUUGUCUCAUGCCUCAGAUUUCUUUUGUAUUUCUUUUUUUAACAUCCUACAUUUCCCUUGUGUUUUUUAACUCAUGCUUACGCGCUCUUUGUACAGUUUUAAAAAGUAAUAAAAUCCAACGUAUCAAAACGGUUCA